AUGAACCACGAUCCUUUCCAUUGGGGCCGUCCCUUGGAUAGCCACUACGGUGGGUACAACCACCACAUUGCCAAUGCAAGCAACACGGCUGCUGAGUCCAAGAUCCCUACUCUGCACACCCAGCAACCCACGAUCACGGGGACCUCAGUGGUGGCCCUCAAGUACAAGGACGGUAUCAUGAUGGCUGCCGACAAUGUGGGGGCCUACGGUUCGCUCAUGCGGUUCAGCAACAUUGAAAGACUUAUCAAGGUUGGUGAAGAAACCGUGGUGGGUAUCCUGGGGGACAUCUCUGACUUGCAACAAAUUGAGCGCAUUUUGGACGAAUUGGAAAUUGACGAAGCCUACGACAUUGAAGACGGUGGGGAUGAACCCGAACCGGGUAAGCCUGCCCCUCAUUCUCUCAGAGCACCUCAUGUUCAUGAGUAUCUUUCGCGCGUACUUUAUAACCGGCGGUCGAAGAUGGACCCUUUGUGGAAUGCGGUAGUCGUCGGUGGUUACAACGACGACCGUACACCAUUCCUCAAGUACGUUGAUCUUUUGGGGGUCACUUACGCGUCUCUGACAAUCGCAACUGGGUUUGGCGGACACUUGGCCAUUCCCCUUUUGCGUAACCUUAUCCCUUACGACAAGGACUACUCCGAAGUUACCGAGGAACAGGCUCGUGAGUGCUUGGCUCAUUGUAUGAGGGUACUCUUCUAUCGUGACGCUCGGAGUAUGGAUGAGUACAGUUUGGUGACGAUCAAGCCACUGGAAUUCAAGCACGAAAAGGGAGUCAAGGUCGAGGACCAGGCGUGGCGGUUUGCCAAGGACAUCCGGGGCUACGGUUCUAAGCAACAGUAG